CAGAAAAGGAGGAGUGGAACGGGAGGCGUCUUCGCCGCUACUGUGUUCUCUGCGGGGCCUCGCGCUGUGGUGUUCCGCUCGAAAGGACAACAGAGAGUGAACAUCCCGCGAGAGAGGGCUGGAGAGAGUGUGCGGCACAGACAGUGUCUGUUUUUCGCGGAAAGCCGACAGAAGAGACGCGAGGAUGGUCUUCGACUGCGUCCGUAAAAAGAGAGCGGAGGAGGAGCCCGUUCUGGUGAGCUCAGCUGGGGCUCUUUUCCCUCUCGCUGCCCGCUGUGUCUCCCUAACACGACUACUACGACUACGCUGUUCCUUCGCUUUUCUCCCGCAAGACACGACCAGUCGCGAGAGCCGCAAGACCGCGCGCGCGAGAGAGGAAACCGCGGCGAGGGAGGCACCGCAGAAGCGAAGGAGUUCUCUCUGGGACCCCAGAGAAACGACAUCCAAGGCAAGAGCUUUGUCUGGGGGACCGGCGGAAAACGACACAAACGACGCAUGCUGGCGCGCGCGAGCGUCGAGCCGUCUCGGGGGUGUACGUACAGCCGAGGGCGGGCGUCAAGAUCGCGGCUUUUCCACGAGUCUGCGGAAACCGCGCGGAAGACGGAAAAAUGUGCAGUCCAGACCGCGAUUCGCGUGCGACAGAGGGCGGAAAAAGUGACGAAGAAACGAGUAAGCGUCGUUUCGCAACAGUACGGCGACCGCGCGGCCCCUUCCAGUCUGAGACGACCCA